AUCGCAGUGCAACUCCGCUAGCUCACAGCAAUAACACGAGGAGUAAUGAAGUCGCUCUAGAAUAUAAAUAAACAAUUCAUUAAUUAAAAUAGCGACAUGGUCAACUGGAGGAAGUUUAUCUUGUGGUUCGCCCAGGAGCAUGUCGACUUUCGCGUGCAGGAGUUUGAUUCGCUGGUCAAAAUGUUUGGACUUCAGGUCCGGCGGCUUACAGAACACACCAGGAAACCAUUUUGGUUGGUCGAAUUUCGGGACACGGAUACUGCGUUGCUAUAUGCAUCCAGGUCCGUUUCGUUGCGCGCCAUGUUCGAGCUCUACGCCCACUCCAACAAAUUACCCGAGUUUCACCAGAGGCUACGGAAUCAUGUUACCGCGAACUGGCAUUCGCUUGCGGAAUACUUUCGGGUGGAUGCCAGUUUUAAGAUCGUUGUGGAGACCUACAACAAGCACUUCAGCCAGAGGGAAAAGGUUGAGAAAAUCGAGUCCAUGGAUUACCUGCCAAUAGAGGGAACGGUCAAUCUGGAGAAACCCGUGGUGGAGUGGUGGUACAUCGAGUUUUGGGGCUUGGAUCCAACGGCUGUGCCACCUGAGCCGGAGGACAUUCUGUUUGGUCGGCUGAUGGCCCAUGGUCAGCGGCAUUUGAUCAAGGAGCUUUCGCUGAAGCAUCGUAAGUUUAUCGGUAACACCAGCAUGGACGCCCAGCUGAGCCUGCUAAUGGCCAACCAAGCGAUGGUACGCAAUGGGGAUCUGGUAUUUGAUCCGUUUGUGGGAACGGGCUCGCUUUUGGUAAGCGCCGCCAAGUGGGGCGGGUAUGUCCUGGGAGCGGACAUAGACUACAUGAUGGUGCACGCCCGCUGCCGGCCGAGCCGGAUAACCCAAAAAGUGCGGGAGAAGGACGAGAGCAUUCGGGCCAACUUGAAGCAGUACGGCUGCGCUGAUCGCUACAUGGAUGUGGUGGUGGCCGAUUUCUCCAACCCGGUGUGGCAUUCCCGCAUCUCGUUCGACUGCAUAAUAACAGAUCCUCCCUAUGGAAUAAGAGAGGCCACGGAAAAGGUGGAGAAAAAGGCUAGCGUAAAGGCCAACACUAGAAGUGACAGCAUGGUGCAUUACCCAUCAACGUCGCACUAUUCCUUGCAGAGUCUCUAUGGGGAUCUUCUCGAGUUCUCUGCGAGGCACCUAAAACUGGGAGGACGUCUUGUCUGCUGGAUACCCUUUCACAGCGAGGACUACGACCCGAAGAUGCUGCCACAGCAUCAGCAUCUGAGCCUGAUAGCUAACUCUGAGCAGCAAUUGACUGGGAAUACAGCUAGGCGGCUACUCACCUAUGAAAAGUGUUUCGAGUAUAGUCCAACAGAACCCUUAUUGUGCAGCAUAAAACAGGUGCCAACGCCCUCGCAGGACUUCAGGGAUCGGUACUUUAAUAAUGCUCUGGAGUCACGCAAAGAGCGUCGAAUGCGGAAGGCAGAGCUGCGGGAACAGGCUCGUGUGGAGAUGAAUGCACGGGGAAAGAUUCCUACGGAUGGGCGCUCCAAAAAGUGUGACCUGAAUAAAGCUCGAUUUAUGUGAUCUCCAUUGAAGUGUAAUUUAUAGUAAGAUAUAACUUCGAUUCGGGCCAAAUUUUUUGUUGGCUGUGUGUCGCUGAGUUUUCUUGUAUGGCAUACAUUUCGAAGAUUUUGAUUCAGAUUUGGAC